AUGGGGGUCUCUCUGCUGCUGCGGGGCCCCUCUCUGCGCCCUGCUGGACAGCGGCUGCUGACAGUCGUGUGCAAGACGCUGGACAGGAUGCGUGGGACAGGUGGGCCCUGGCGGACCUGUACGCUGAGCCGGGCCGCCCACACGGACUACCGUGGUGUGCUGGUUCUGCAGGAGGCCCCUCCGCAGACCGACCCCAGAGAGGGUCAGGGGGCUGGUCGGGGGCGGGGGCUGGGCCAUGAGGAGUUCUGGAAGGCUGUGUACCGCCCCAGUCAAACUCCCCACCUGCCACUGUCCCCGGGGCCGGGCGCGGCCGGGGGGGGCCGGCUGUGCUUCCGGCAGCCCGAGCGCAGGUUCCGGUGCCGGGAGCGGGAGUGCCGUGCCUACCGGUCCCAGGGGCCCGGGGGGCUGGUGGCCAACGUGCUGAGCAACGGCAGCGUGCUGGUGCAGUGGGGCGGCCCGGGGUCCGAGGGGCGCCGGCGGGGGGGCUUCCUGCUGAGCUGCUCCUGGAACGGCUCCUACACGCAGUUCCAGUGCGAUCGCGUGCGGCUGGGCGCCAGCUGCCGCGACUACCUGCUGACCGAGGCGCACGAGGGCGUGCGCUACCACGUGUGCCUGCAGGCGCUGGGCCCCCCCGCCGGGCCCCCCGACUGCCUGGACUUCACCCUGCUGCCGUCCGGCAUGCAGGACAUCGUGAUCGCCAUGACGGCGGUGGGCGGGGCGAUCUGCGUGAUGCUGGUCAUCAUCUGCCUGCUGGUCGCCUACAUCACCGAGAACCUCAUGAACCCCGCCAGCACACACCCCCGCGCCCAGGCGCACUGACACACCCUGACGCACUGAUGCACUGACACACCCUGACACACUGACACACUGACGCACUGACACCCUGACG